AUGGCAACAACGAAUGCCAGUGCAGAUGGGGAUUUCAUCUUAGUGGGCUUCUCCGAGCGGCCUGACUUGGAGCUGAGUCUCUCCCUCUUUGUCCUGACAUUUUACACCAUAACCAUUUUGGGUAAUGUGACCAUCAUCCUACUCUCUAUCCUAGAUGCUCGACUCCACACACCCAUGUACUUCUUCCUCAGAAACCUCUCUGUGCUCGACCUCUGCUUCACCACCAGCAUUGUGCCCCAGAUGCUGGUGAACAUGUGGGGAAGCAACAAGAAGAUCAGCUAUGCUGGCUGCAUGGUUCAGUACUGGGUAGCCUUGGCACUUGGCUCCACUGAAUGUGUCCUGCUUGCAGUAAUGGCAGUGGACCGCUAUGUUGCAGUAUGCUGGCCUCUGCGCUAUCCGUCAAUCAUGCACCCCAGGUUGUGCCAUCUCCUGGCAGCAGCUUCCUGGUCCUCAGGCAUUGCCAACUCUGUCCUCCAGUCGUCCAUGGCCAUGAUGCUGCCUAAAUGUGGAAACCGUCGUGUGGACCAUUUCUUCUGUGAGCUCCUGAUCAUUGUUAAACUUUCCUGUGUUGAUACUGGCCCAACAGAGUCUAAAAUGUUUAUCGCUAGGCUCAUUAUUCUAGGGAUGCCCGUCUCCAUCAUCCUGACCUCUUAUGCGUGCAUUGGCAAGGCAGUAGUGAAAAUGCGCUCUGCGGAGGGAAGGAAAAAAGCUUUUGGGACUUGUGCCUCCCAUCUGAUGGUGGUUUCACUCUUCUAUGGGACAAUUAUGUUUUUGUAUCUGCAGCCCAAAGACAACUACUCCCAAGACCAGAGCAAAGCCCUGGCGGUGCUGUACAUGAUCCUUGCACCUACCCUCAACCCCCUGAUCUAUACUCUGAGGAAUAAGGAUGUGAAGAAAGCAGUCAGGAAGGUGCUGGGGAAGGAGCAGGGUUAG